GCCCCGACCGCGAGCAUGGGGAACGCGCAUCCCAAAGGCAGCGGCAGGGCCAGUGCGCCGCCCCGCCCCGAGCUGUCCUUCUGUGGCUCCUUUCCGAGGAGAUGGGGCGAGAAUGUCUUUCUAAAUAACGAGCUGCUGACCUCCAAGAUCCUGUCCAUGCUGCGGCCACAGUCAGAGCAGGGCUUCCAGACGGGCCGCCUCCCCUACCCUGCCCACUUCCUCAGCACCAACUCUGUCCUUGCCUCCGUCACAGCGGCCGUGAAGGAGCCCCCGCCGCCCACGCUCCUCUCUGACGGCAGCCUGGCCCUCUCCAGGAAUGCCGGCAUGACCGUCUCGCAGAAGGGCAGUCCACAGCCAGCACCCAGCCAGGCGGGAACAGGGGCGAGACUCGGACCAGUCAUAGGAGAAAUGGAUGAAGCCGACUCUGUAUUUUUGAAAUUUAAGCAGGUAGCUGACGACUCCCUUUCACUUACAUCCUCGAAUGCCGAGUCCAUUUUUGUAGAAGACCCCUACACUGCCUCCCUGAGGAGUGAGAUCGAAUCGGACGCCCACGAGUUCGAGGCCGAGUCCUGGAGCCUGUCUGUGGACCCGGCGUACGCAAAGGAACAAAAGAAGGAGGUGGCGAAGAGACAGGAUGUGAUUUAUGAGCUGAUACAGACGGAGGUGCACCACGUGCGGACGCUCAAGAUCAUGCUGAAGGUCUACUCCAGGGCCCUGCAGGAGGAGCUGCAGUUCAGCAGCAAGGCCGUCAGCCGCCUCUUCCCGUGUGCAGACGACCUGCUCGAGGUGCAUGGCCACUUUCUCUCUCGGCUAAAGGAACGCCGCCAGGAGUCCCUGGAAGAGGGCAGCGACCGGAAUUACAUCAUCCAGAAAAUCGGGGACCUCCUGGUACAGCAGUUUUCAGGUGAAAAUGGAGAGAGGAUGAAAAAGAAAUAUGGUGUCUUUUGUAGUGGACACAACGAAGCAGUCAGUCAUUACAAAUUGUUGCUGCAACAAAAUAAGAAAUUUCAAAACUUGAUCAAGAAAAUCGGCAGCUCUUCCAUCGUGAGACGCCUUGGCGUGCAGGAGUGCGUUCUUCUGGUCGCUCAGCGCAUAACCAAGUACCCCGUGCUGCUGGAGCGCAUCCUUCAGAACACGGAAGCUGGCUCCAAGGACUACGAAGACCUGACCCAGGCCCUGAACCUCAUCAAAGACGUUAUCUCACAAGUGGACACCCAGGUCAGCGAGUGCGAGAAAGGCCAGCGCCUCAGAGAGAUCGCAGGGAGGAUGGACCUGAAGUCCUCCAGCAAGCUCAAGAACGGGCUGCCCUUCCGCAAGGAGGACAUGCUGCAGCGGCAGCUGCACCUGGAAGGCACGCUGGCCUGGAAGACCACGGCGGGGCGCCUGAAAGAUGUCCUUGCCGUCCUGUUGACCGAUGUGCUGUUGCUGCUACAAGAAAAGGACCAGAAGUACGUCUUUGCUUCUGUGGACUCGAAGCGCCCCGUCAUCUCAUUGCAAAAGCUCAUUGUGAGGGAAGUAGCCAACGAGGAAAAAGCCAUGUUUCUGAUCAGUGCCUCCCUGAAAGGGCCUGAGAUGUACGAGAUCUACACCAGUUCCAAGGAGGAGAGAAACGCCUGGAUGGCCCACAUCCGAAGGGCCGUUGAGAGCUGUCCUGACGAGGAGGAAGGGCCCUUCAGCGAGGCUGAGGAGGAGAGGAAGGUGGUGGAGGCCCGCGCCCUGAGGCUGAGGGACUUCCAAGAGCGACUGAGCCUGAAAGACCAGCAGAUCGCACAGAGCCUGCGAGAGAAGCAGCAGAUCUUCCUGGAGAUGGCCGAGAUGAGUGGCCUGGACGCCUCGGCUCAGCCGCGCCUCUUCCGAGGAGGGGACCUCUCAGAGAACCUGCAGGGCGAGUGGAUCCUCAAGUCAGCCAUGACCGAGAUCGAAGACAUCCAGAGCCUCAUCUGCAGGCGGCUGGGCGGCACCAGUGGCCAGGCAGAUGGGGGUGCCCCUGCGGGCCUGCACCAGAGGGCAGAGGCCUUUGGAGGCUCCGACAGCACCAGUGACCCUGGCAAGAGUGACGGUUGUAGGAAGAAGGUAUGCAGCGGUGACCUCAGCCCAGGAGACCGGCAAGACCCCGUGAGCAGCGCAGAUGCGAAGCUCGGCGACACCCCGGGCGCCUCUGAGGAAGCGCCGUGGGUGGUGGAGGCCCCAGGCACUGAGUCUGGCCCCCGUCUGCCCACUGUCCUGGAGUUGGAGCUGGUCCAGCGAGUCCAGACACUGUCCCAGCUGCUCCUGAGCCUCCAGGCGGUCAUCACCCAGCAGGACAGCUACGUGGAGAUGCAGAGGGCCUCCAUCCAGGAGCGCGAGAAGCAGUUCCGGCUGCAGUCGACACGGGGGAACCUGCUGCUGGAGCAGGAGCGGCAGCGUAACUUCGAGAAGCAGCGGGAGGAGCUGGCGGGCGUGCAGAAGCUGCAGAGCCAGCUGCGGCUGGAGCAGCAGCGCUGGGAGCGCCAGCGGGAGCAGCAGCGGCAGGAGCUGGACCUGGCCUUGGCCCACCUGCAGCAGCGCCAGAGCGAGGCAGCGCGGCUGCACGAGCAGCUGGCCCAGGAGCGCGCCGAGCUGGAGCAGCAGCGCCAGGCCUACCAGCACGACCUGGAGCGGCUUCGGGAGGCCCAGCGCCUCGUGCAGCGCGAGCGGGAGCGGCUGGAGCUGCUGCAGAGGCUCAAGAAGCAGAACACAGCGCCCGGGGCGCUGCCACCUGAGCUGCCCACAGAGGCCCAGCCCCCAAGCCACUCCCCCAGCUUCAACGGGGAGGGGCUGGAAGGCCCUGAGCGCCCCGAGGUGGCUCGCCGGGACAGCACCCCAGCCGAGAGCCGGCCAGCCAGGAGCGACGUGCCUAUCCAGCUGCUCAGCACCACCAACCAGAUCCAGAGGCAGGCGGCCGUGCAGCAGCAGAUCCCCACCAAGCUGGCGGCCUUCACCAAGGGCGGCAAGGACAAGGGCGGCAAGAGCAGGGGCUCCCAGCGCAGCGAGAGUUCAGCUUCGUUCGACCUGAAGCAGCAGCAGCAGCUUUUCAGCAAACUCACGGGCAAGGAGGAGUAUGCCUCUCGGAGCCACAGCUCACUGAGUCCCGUCCGGCGCAGCAGCCACCGCUCCGCAUCCCCCCAAGACCUCUCCUGCCCGGCGCCCAGCCCAGCCGUGGAGGACACAUCCCCCGAGUGUCCCCCCUUCCUGCCCGUGCUGCAGCCCCUUACCCCACUCGACAAGGAAGAAGUGAGCAAAGAAGACGUCAUCUUCUUCUAGGGCCAGUGGCUUGAGGUGCCAUGCUCUCUGGGACUCGCCGGCUGCCCUCCCCCUGCCCAGCACACCACCGUGGAUGCCCACCUGGCCAGGUUUGGGCCGGGGCCGCCUGUCGUCUCCAGGCUCUUGCUGUAGGAUUGAUCAGCGGCGGUGCCUUUUUUUAUACGAAAAGGGACAUUUUUAAUUGAAGGUUGAACCUAAGCUAACUGAGGAGCUAUUUUAAUGACAGCCCCCGCUUGGGUAGGGAGAGGCCCACUCCAAGCAGUUUUCCCAGGUAGUGACAGACUGGGGGUCCCACACGGAGCCUGACGACGGGCCAGACCUCGGUCUGAGGAGGAGGAGACACUGGAGCUGGACUGGUCAUUAGGGCAGCAGAAGGGCCAGGGUAGUGUCAGCUGUCUCCCUUGGCAGAAUCAAAGCCGAGAUGUACAUGGGUUCAUGGUGAGCCUCAAGGCAAGGGCACAGGCAAGGCGAGGGCGUACAUAGCCCCAGGGACAGAGGGCCCCCAGGGCAGAGUGCCUGGAAAGGAUGGCCAGUUGUACGCGAGUUCUUUAGGGCAGAACUCACCUCGAAGGGGUCUGACUGGAACCCGUGUUAAUUUAGUGGGUUUUUUAAAACCUGCUGUAGUCAAUCUUUGUGAUUUCCCAGGCACCUCACCGAGUCCGCGUGGCUCUCCAGGUGCUCGGCCUGGGAAAGCCAAAUCAAGAGGUUUAGCCAGGCCAGCACACCCCAAAGUCCCAGCCCCCAGCAGGGGGCCCUCAGUCCCCAUGAGAUGGGCUGGUCUCCGGUGCUGAUGGGCUGAUGCAGGUACAACACAGAGCAGAGCGGUGGCGCUGCCAAUGAAGGUGACACACUGGGAGCACAUGUGGCCUGGAGACCUCCAGUGGGCAGGUGGCCACCUCACAGGCCCACACAUCCAGUGAGCCGCUGUAGCGGGCUGUCCCCUUAUCCCUGGAAGAGGUCAAGGGCCACCAGUCCACUCGCAAGGCUGUGGGUGUUGGGGUGGUGUCACAUGUCAGGGUGGUGACUGAGCCAGAGCCACGUCCCACCUCUGGCCAAACACAAGCCGGGUGCUGGUGCAGGAAGGGGACAUGACUCACUUUUCUGCAUCCCAGGCUCCCUCCACCGGCCCAGAGCCCAGCACCUCCCGAAGCGUUGGCAGAAUGGGUCCUGGGCUGCCCAGGAGUUGGGGCACCACAGGGUCAAGGUGACACAGCCAGUGAGUGACGAGCUGACAGCAGCCGUUCAGAACCACUCCGGCCCCGGCCCCCGCUGGCCCUGACCCUCAACUCUGCCUACGGGACCAGCAGCAUCAGCAAGGGCCAAAGAGACGUGUCCUCCGUCCCCUGGACACGAGAGCCUGCCUGUGCUGGGUCUGUAAUCAGUGUUGUGUGUUUGUACUGAGACGAAUCAGAGCACUUUAGAGAAUUCUCCUUUACUCCUGUCCUUUGUGCUUUCCUGGGCCUCAGGCCCACAGGAAGAGAUGUCCAAGGCUCCUCCUCGGCGUGUGCCGUGCAGCGGGCAGGUAGCCUGCGGUGACUCCUGGGUAGGGCCCGGUUUUAUUUGUAAAGUUGGCGGCUGAGCAGUGUUACUCCUGUGGGAUCUGGGUACAUCUUUGGUAACUUUGACAUGAUCUCAGUCCACCCAGUGAUGCUACGAUCGCAGCAUGUCCUCAUGCGGGAUGUUUCAGAACUGCCUUAGAGCUCAAGCCCGAUUCUAGCAAUAAAGGUGUCUGAAGACGA